GGUUGCCUAUAUAAACUUGAAUCGGGGACUUUUGUGUGUUUGUGUUAUUUAAAAUUUAAAACGCUGAUAACUCCAUUUAGUGAUAAUAAAAACCGAUAUUUACUGCGGUUACAUGAUAUUUAAUAUUAAAAUAGUAUUGGAUGUGGUAGAAUGUAGACUCUUUGUAUAAUUACCAAUUAAGCAGUGAAGCUGUUAGAUCAAUUUUCCGAUUCAAUCAUUUCUACUGUUUACAGUUCAAUAAGCCUUUACAGUUCUGUGUUUGUGUUUGCUUUUGAGUAGGUAUUUCAUUUUCUUGACAACGAAAAUGUUCGGUGUGGAAAGAAUUAAUAAGUGCGUGGAAUGCGGAAACGUGUAUAAGCGUAAACAUGAUUUAAAAAGACAUGUAAAUAGUUCGCAUCCCGACAAAUUGGAUGCAAUUGCCCCUUUAAAAGUGCUUAAAGGUAACGUCUAUAAGUGCGCACAUUGUGAUAAACAAUUUAGACAUAAGCAAAGUUUAAACUUUCAUGUCAAAAAAAUGCACACAAAUGUAUCAGUUUCUGCAGAAACUAAAACAUUUCAACAUAAAUGUUCUCUGUGUGAUUAUCAUGCAACUUUUAAAAAGGACUUUAUUAAACAUUAUGAAACUUCUCAUAGCAUUCCUAUGCAAUACGAUACAAUAGAGUUUUCCAACCAUGAUGACUUUAUUUCUUGGAAGAAUAAAAUAGAGCUUGAAACAAAUGCUAGUUUUGUUGUGGAAACAGGAAAAAAGGCAGGAAUAAUGAACUACAUAUGCCACCGAUCGGGAUAUUUCACCUCAAAAGGUAAGGGCGAGAGGCACCUGAAAACACACGGUAGUGUCAAAAUUAAUGGAUACUGUCCUGCUAUGAUAAAAGAAGUUGCCCAAAGUGAUGGAAAAUAUUUAGCCCAUUUCACCAAAACUCAUGUUGGUCAUCAAAAUGCAAUUGGGCGCCUAUUUUUGCCAUCCUCAGAGAGAAAAACAAUUGCUGCGAAACUAGCUGCAAAAAUUCCAUUUGAAGCAGUUUUAGAUGGAGUGAGAGAUGGAAUUUCAGACACAGACAAGUUUCAAAGAAAGCACCUUUUGACAAAAAAAGAUCUCUACAAUAUUGAGGCCAGCUUUAACCUUCGCUCUACUACAGUAAGACACAGAGAUGAUGCUGUUAGCCUAGAAUCUUGGGUAAAUGAAAUGAAAACUAGCUGCGUUUUAUUUUAUAAGCCUCAAGAUAUUACAUUGGAUGAGUACCCCCAGCUGCAUAGUGAUGAUUUUAUUUUAAUAAUUAUGAACACUGGUCAACUCACUACAUUGAAGAAGUUUGGAAGUGACUGUAUUUGUGUCGAUGGAACUCAUGGUGUUAACAGCUACCAAUUUGAGCUUCACACUUUAUUAGUUCUUGAUGACCUACGCCAAGGCUUUCCCUGUUGUUUCUGUAUCUGCAGCAGAAGCGAUGAGACUAUAAUGUCUUUAUUUUUCAAUUGUAUCAAGAAAGAAAGUGGACCUAUUGAGGCAAGAGUUUUUAUGUCUGACAUGGCAGAUGUGUACUAUAAUGCAUGGUCAAAAGUAAUGGGUGAAACACAUUUCCGCUUAUAUUGUACAUAGCAUGUGGAUCGUGCGUGGAGAAAGAACUUGACUUUGAUUAAGACCAAAGAAAAACAGGAAUUGGUGUAUAAAACUUUAAGAGUUCUUCUGCAAGAGACAGAUCCCUCUGCCUUUGAACCAAUGUUACAAAGUUUUGUAGAAAAUACCCUUGAUGAUCCAAGUACUGUUGAUUUUGGUCAUUAUUUUCAAUCAAAUUAUUCAAGUAAGGCUAUGUCCUGGGCUUACUGCUAUAGGAUGCAUGCUGGCCUAAACACCAACAUGCACAUUGAACGGAUGCAUGGGACGAUAAAGUAUAUUUAUUUCCAAGGCAAAAACAAUAAAAGAUUACGCAAAGCUGUAAAUGCCCUCAUGAAAUUCGUAAGAGAUAAGCUCUUUGACAGGCUAAUAAUCCUCAACAAAGGAAAACUGUCCUCUAAAAUUGUAGAGUUAAGAAGAAGACAUAAAACUAGUUUAGAUCUAGACAUGUCUCGUAUUAUAAAUUUGGAAGACACUUGGCAGAUUCCAUCUUCAACAAAAGCAGAGAUAUAUAUCAUCAACGAAAAUGAUAUACAAUGCGAAUGUCAACUUAUUUGCACGGAUUGCAAAGUGUGUAUCCACAAAUAUUCGUGCAGCUGCAUUGAUUCUGCAAUUGCAUGGAAUAUGUGCAAGCAUGUUCACUUGCUUUGUAGGUAUCGGCAAAUUGAUCAGUCUGGAACAAAGGAAUUGUCACAGGAAGAACAGAAAAUGGAAAUCGUUGAAGAUCACAAAGCAGUCGAAUCCGAAAUUAUUUUUGAAGAGAUGGAUAAUAAGUCUGCUAGCAGGUGCAAAACAUUGGCGAAAAAAAAAGAAGAGAUGUUGCAACACCUAUAUGUUGUAGUUAAUGAGGUUACAACAGUGGAAGAAUGGAAAGCUCUGGAAAAAAUGGUAAAUCCAAUUGAGCCAACCUUGACAGCAAUUCGCCAGCAGACCAUUUCUAAUUUUGAAUCCAAAGAUUCUAAACCCAGCAAUUCAAAAAUUUUGAAACAGAGACGGCUGUUCAGUACAAAGAAAAAACGCAACAAAAAGAAAAUGGUGACUAAACCUACAAGUGAAGAAUGUGACGCUAUUGCAAUUAACUUACUUAAUUAAAGUUUAGAUAAACUUUAAUUAAGUAAGUUAAUUGCAAAAACUUAAGUUUUUGGGUAAUUUUUUUUCUUAAUCGCAUCCACCCUUUUUGCUUAUUUCAUAUUUUUAACUUGGUAUCAGAGCAGCUGAUGGGCAGUAUUUCGAAAUUUAAAUAUUUUUUGUAUAUUUAAAUAUUCUUUUUCUCGUGAUCAUCUUUCAGUGCGUCACAGUUUUUCGAUUUCUUUCUAACGCAUUAAAUUGUAUGUGACAGAAAAAAAGGCACGUCGGUGAUUACUUCUAGUUCUGUGAUUAUUCUAGUUGUCAAUAGAUGGCGCCAUAAUUAAAAAAAAUAAUUUUUUUUAAUUAGAUAAUAAUAUUACAAAUAUAAUCUGUAUAAUUUAUAAGACUAUACAAAUCAAAGAAAAUACCAUUUUAUAAAUGCAAGAAACACAUUUUAUUUGUUUUUAUUCUAAAUUGAAAAUAAAAUGUGACAACUGUCAGAUUUAACUAAAUUGUCAUGUUAGAAUAAAUGUCAUAAAUGUGUAUUAUCACGGACUUACCCUUUUUCCUAUCAUUUGUGACGCACUGAAAAAUGAUCAUGAAAAGGACAAUACUCUAUAAUAAUUAUAAAUAAGUAAGUACUUGGAAUUUAAAUACUUACAGUCUAAAGUAUUUAAACACCUACAAAAAGUAGGUAUUUAAAUUUUGAAAUAAUGCCCACCAGCUGUGAACCAAGUUAAAAGAAAUGUGCAACAAGGGUGCAUGAUUAAAAAAAAAUUUACCCAAAUACUUGGAUAAUUUUUUAGUAUUUAAAUACUUGGUAUUUACAUACUUUUCAACAUUGGUAUUUAAUAUUUAUGAUACCUACUUGCUUUCCUAAAUUUAAUAAAAUUUUAAUUUUCUUAUAUUAUCUAAUCCUUGUUUUAUUUAAGUCAAGCAUAGCCACAGUUAUAGGUAUAGAUCACUCUUUAUAGGUAGUAAUAACUUUUCAGUUUCAUUUUUAAGUACAUCUACAAAAAAAGUACCUACUACAUAUUUGUGUCAUUCAUGCCUUACAAUGUGAAUUUUUAAAGUGGUUGAGCACAUAUAUAGCAAAAUUCUAUUAUUUAUAAAAUUCUUUCAUGCAGCAUGACUUGCUCAAAAACGUUUUUAGGUACCUUUUCGUAUUUUCCCAUUUCUCAGAAGUUUUCGAAAUAUGUAGGUAGGUACCUACCCAGUUGACCAUUUUACAGAGCAACUACAUUUCAGUUACAUCACACAUGUUCCUUGUUCUAUCAUAGAUACAUCACAAGAAAAGCGCGUAAACAUAGCAGAGCUAUCUCUGCUAUGCUCCUAUGUCCUACCCUAAAAGGGAGCAAAACUCUUUUCUUGAGCACUAAAUUAUGUCACGUAUAUGUCGCAGCUACAGAACAAUACUCUUUUCUUAAGCGUUAAAGGAUGUCAGAUAUAUGUUGCAGCUAUGGAGCAAAACUCUUUUCUCAAGCAUCACAUAAUGUCUCUUAUCUGUAGCAGCUAUGUAUCAGAUAUGUUUCAGUUUUGUGUCAACUAUGUCUCGUAGAGUGCACGUUGAGAAAAAUAUUUACAAUAAAAUUGCUUCUUUAACUUUAUAUUACUGUAGAUAGUAUUUUUACUUGACAUUGUAAAUAUAUAAUUGACAUUCUAAUUAAAGUAAGA